GACCCCACUUUUGAUUUACUCAAAAUUUGUUGCUUGACAACCUCAAACGAAUUUUGCAGCAGACCGUCUCAAACUUACUUGUUAGAAUUAUCGAACUUUCCACUUUUCAGGAGAGAAGACUGCUUAGAACACAAGCUUAACAAUGGCAAGCUCUGCCCAAGAUGGUCGCUACUCUUUCAUUUGUGAAUGGUACGACAACAAUGCAGCUAUUAUCAGACGAUAUCAGUUCCUCUUCUACCCUAAUGAUAACACCAUUGAAAUGUAUGACCUAAAGAAUAGACGUCAGUUCUUGAAGAGAUCACAUUGCGAUUCAGUCCAUCUAAGAGACCUCUUUGUUGGCAGUACUGUUAAUGUUCACUCACGUCAGCUGAACCUGGUUGAGUAUGCUGAUGAUUUCACGAAGAGAGCGCUUACAAAUGUCAAACAGAAGACAUUAGGGCUGAUCAAACCUGAUGCCAUUUCAAAAUUUGGUCCCAUUAUUGAUAUGACAUACCAGCAAGGAUUCUUGGUGACCAAUGCCAAGAUGACCAGGCUGACCAGAGGUCAAGCUGAGGAGUUCUAUAGAGAGCAUUCGGGAAAACCAUUCUAUAACAAACUUGUGAGUUUCAUGAGCAGUGGUCCAAUCAUUGCUAUGGAGUUGAUCAAUAAUAAUGGUAUAGGAGAAUGGCGAACUCUUCUGGGACCGACAGAUAGUAGCACAGCCCGCAGUGAAGCCCCUGGUAGCAUCAGAGCUAGGUUUGGCACCGACAACACCUGCAAUGCAUGCCAUGGUUCAGAUUCUGAGGCUUCCGCAGACAGGGAAACCUCUUUCUUCUUUGGACAGCCGGCGGCAUUUCCAAACAACGCCUCACUCCGGGAUUGCACAUGCUGCAUCAUUAAACCAUCAGCAAUCAAAGAAGGUAAAGCAGGUCAGAUCAUGACAGCUAUAUGUAAUGAAGGAUUUGAAGUCACUGCUAUGGAGAUGUUUAACAUGGAGAAAGCCAACUCGGAAGAAUUCUUUGAGGUGUAUAAGGGUGUCGUUACCGAGUACAUGGAAAUGGUGGAAGAGCUAACCUCUGGGGCUUGUUAUGUCUUGGAGAUUAGUUCCCCCAGCGGGAAGUUCGACAACGUUGCCAAGGCUUUCCGUGAGUUUGUUGGACCGGCAGAUCCGGAGAUAGCUCGUACACUACGACCACGCACCCUGCGAGCCAGGUUUGGAGUUAACAAGAUUAAUAACGCCGUUCACUGCACCGAUCUCCCUGAAGAUGCGCUCCUGGAGACAGAGUACUUCUUCAGAAUCUUGUCACAAUGAAAUAUCUGAUUGCCUUGAGUCACUUAGGAUGUGUUUUUUUUUUUUUAAGUUAUACAUGAUUUUAAGAAUGACUGGAAUUUAAAAUGCCUUAUUGUGAGCCUAAAGACAUUCUGAAUGUUUAAAAAAGUAUAUCUGUUUUUCAAAUAUAUUCUUGUGAAACUAUUUUAACUAACAUAUUUUGCUUCAGAAAUGUGCGUUAACAAUCAACAAACAUUAUUAUCAUGUGCAUAUUUGACAUAAGCUGGUAAUAUAUCAAAAAUCAGUCGACUUUCCAGAUUCUAGUUGUUCUUAGAGUUAUGCAUAACUUUACAAAAUGCUUUGUGAAACCCCCCACAUGUCAAUUUUAUUAUCUGUACCAAAUGACUCGAAUUCUGUAGUCAGGUUUAAUUUUAACUCUGGACUCCAGUUGUGGUUUAACUAUGGAUAGCCAAUUAUGACAGAAAUCUCUUUUAGUAGAGGUUCAAUGUAGCAGGUCAUUUUACUAAGAAAUCAUUCUUAACUAUAUAGGAAGGAUAAAAGAAGAUGGUUUUCUUCACUGUUAAUGAAUUAGGAAAGAGAACAGUUACAUAAAGAAAUCUACAAUGUCAACAAAAUGCUGACGAUUUUGGCUUCCCAUAAAUCUAGCACAGAGUUAGACCGUGGUCUAAGUUUAGCCUGACUUCAGAAUAUGGGUGGGUGAAUCGAACGACUGAAUAAGACAGAGUUGCUACCGUGGUAAGAUACAACUUGUAUUGCCUUCUUAAGACUUCUUCAGCAUUAUAGCAAUUGGAGUAAAGUGUUCUGAUUUCAAUUCUAACAUAGACCAAGGGGAUAUUGGCCGAAAUGUACCAAUUUCAUGAAAACAAGUGGACAACAGACGAAGUGGAUAUUAAACCUAGGGAUUUUUGGAAGAAAUGUACCCAUUUCAUAAAACAUACAUCGUUGAAAUAAAACAAAAUGAUGAAUGGGCUAACUGGCAGUUGGACCACAUGGCUGGUAAAUAGAUGGCUGUAGAUGAAGUAGCAUUAGAUCUUGUGGGAUAAUGCCAAACAUGGGUCUAGACUCGAGACAAAGCAAGUGUAAACCAAGAGGCAAUUAAACCCAUCACAUUAAUCAGAUUAACCUCUUCAACGCUUUUGUAUUUUGGGUAAUACCUCGCUCCCACUGUUGUGCGAUUACCUAAGCCAAGAUUGGCUUAUUCGCAGCUGAUCGCCAAAAAAAAUGAACCGUCCAAAUUUUUUCUUCUAUCAAUACGACUGUUUUUUACUGUUCUGAUUUGAUCUGAUACUAUGACUACGAUCUCUCCACGAUUAAGAAUAUGAUUUCAAUCGUGAUGCAAAUUGUAAACAGUGGAAAAUAGGUAUUGAGGAGUUUGUGCGCCUUUAUUGCAAUUUGUUAGUAAGUCAGUUGAUUAUGGCCAAUGCAAGUGCCUUUAGUCGUCUCUUAAACUUAGGCAAAAACACACACACACAUAAAAAAACAAACCACUAGUGAUGACAAAUAAUAAUAAUAUGCAAUUUUCUCAUCUAAAUUCAUACUUUGCAUUUUUAGAUAUCAAGAACACAUGUCCUUGCUUAGCUGAAUGCAGAAUUGUUGCUGCUUGGUUUUAUUUAUAUCUACUUGCUUAUCAUUCCUAUCAAAUUUUGAUUUGUAUAUAUGAGGUAAUUUAUUUCUUUUGUAUAAAGAAUAUCUACAUUUUCUCUACAUUUUACAAUAACAGCACUGUGUAACAUACAUGUAUUUUUUGUUUCCGUUAUGACUAGCCUUGCUAUUCUAAAAACAAAAUAUCUCAUUUUCUUAUCUUAAAUAUUGUCACUUUAACAUACUGAAAUCAGCAUGUUUACAGUAAAUCUUUCUCGAAGAAAGUAGAUUUGCAGCUAAUGGACCCAUUAGGCCAGCCAUAAAUAUAUGGUGUAUGCGAGUCAAUCUCCCCUAAUACAGUGAGAUUUGAAACCUGGGGGGUGUUUCAUCAAAGUAGUCAGCACUGACUAAAUGGUCAGUGCUGACUAUUUCAGUGAAAUCCUUGGCUUUGAUCGGCUAAGAAGCACUGGCCUCUGACUGUUGCUAUGGUAACUGUCGGAGAAAGACAACUUGUCAGUGCUGACAACUUUCAUGAAACGGACCCCUGUUUAUAUUAAGUAGAGAUAGAAGGCAUAAUUCAUGUCUAGAAACAGACGUGUGUCUUCAGCUUUAUCGUUAUAAUGGGAUGUGUCAAAUAAUGUGUUCAGUGUGGGAAAUGAUUAUUAGACCUCUUUUGCAACUAAGCUCCCAUGUGGUAGGUUCUAAUUAUUAUCUCUCACGCUCCAUUAGAUAAUUUGUAUAUUGACGAUAUAUUCAUGUAUUGACCCCAUCGCCUACAUCAUCCUAUAUCCUUAAAUAUAAAUAAUAAUAAUGAUUACAAUAAUGCAUCUUAAAGAGCAUAGGUAUGCUCAAUGUGCUGUUGUACCAGUCUGCACCAAAAUUAUAAUAAAGUGUUAAAAUGGGAAUAUUGCAUUUCACUUGUGUCUUGCACAUGACCGCAUCUUUAGGUGGAUUAUCAUUUCUCUUUCAUUUGGUAAUCAUUUUAUAAAGAGAAGCAGGGAUCUGUUGAGUGUUGGUAACACUUACUACUAUGUAUUUGUACAUUGAGGGCAUAUUGUAACAUAAACAAUGUUUGCGAUGGUUAGUCUUCAGCAAAUGUUUGAAGAGAAUUGGGUUUUCAAAAUAUCAAUCUAUUCAGAGAUGUAUAUUUGUACAGAUGGCAUUGCCGUAUUCUAAUGGAAUCGUAUCUUGUGAAUAAAUAUUUUUUUCAUAUUCA